ACGAGUUGCAAGUUAUCAGAAGUGAUUAUGAGACUUCAGGUUGGAUUGGUUGGAUUACAACUUUCAAGUCGUUUAAAGAUGUGGAUAUCAGAAGUCAAGCGUCACUCUCGCAUGUCACUCAUCCACUUGGUCUUUCACUUUUGCUCUCUCCUAUUCUCGCUCUUGCCUAUUCACUUUUUAUUAGGUUUAUUG